AUGGCCUCCAAGCAGCUCCUCCCGUGCUCGGCCAGCGCCAUCGCCAACCGCGAGCGAAUCCUCAUUCUCACGCCGCUGGCACGGUUCUACCAGCAAUACUGGGACAAUUUGGUCAAACUGAGCUACCCGCACGAAUUGAUUUCGCUGGGGUUCAUCGCUCCCAAGACCAAGGAAGGGAAUAGCGCUGUCGCAGCACUAGAGAAAGCCAUCUCUCGUACGCAAUCGGGCCCGAUUGAUACUCGCUUCGCCAGCAUUUCCAUUCUCCGGCAGGAUUUCGAUCCCCCACUGAGCUCGCAAAAUGAAAAAGUCCGGCACAAGAUGGAAGCGCAGAAAGAGCGCCGCGAGUCCAUGAGCCGUGCUCGCAAUAGCUUGGUGUUCACCACCCUUGGCCCUAGUACAUCGUGGGUACUUUGGCUAGACGGGGAUAUCGUGGAAACGCCGGCAUCGCUCAUCCAAGACCUGACCAGUCAUAACCAGCCUAUAAUCGUCCCCAACUGCUACCAGCGGUACUAUAACUCCGAACUCGGGAGAAUGGACAUCCGACCCUACGAUUUCAACUCCUGGAUCGACAGCCAGACGGCCCAGGACUUGGCCGCAAGUAUGGGCCCUGACGAGAUCCUUCUAGAAGGAUAUGCUGAGAUCCCGACAUACCGUACCCUGAUGGCUUACUUGCCCGACUUCAAAGCGCUAGAUCCCGGGCGCAGGGUAUCCCUGGACGGCGUCGGCGGCACUGCGCUCAUGGUCAAAGCCGACGUGCACCGCGACGGCGCCAUGUUCCCAGCCUUCCCAUUCUUUCACCUUGUGGAGACGGAAGGCUUCGCCAAAAUGGCCAAACGAUUAGGCUACGCGGUGUUCGGAUUACCGGAUUAUUUUGUUUACCAUUAUAACGAGUAA